AUGACAGAUUCCGAGGGAAAUGAAAUCGGAAAGCUGUUUGUCGGUGGCAUCUCGCAGACCACUAACAAUGCCAGCCUGCGUGUGUACUUUUCCCAAUUCGGUGAACUUGAAGACGCCGUGGUCAUGAUGGAUAGCAAAACUGGCCGAUCACGGGGAUUUGGCUACGUUAAGUACUGCGACCCAGAGAGCGCUAAGGUAGCACUUGCUGCGAAACCACACCGAUUGGAUGGAAAGGAGAUCGACGCCAAACAGUGCAAUGUCAACAUGCGGGGUCGCAACCGUCGUAGCCUGAAGGUCUUUGUUGGAGGUGUCGGUCCCGAACAAAAUGUGACCUCUAUUACAGCCUUCUUUGAGAAGUUUGGCCAUGUCACUGACGUGAAUUUGAUGAUGGACCCAAACAAACAGCGACACCGUGGUUUCGCUUUUGUUGGCUUCGACGACGAGGGUGCGGUGAACCGAUUGAUAAAUAUGCAUUUCUUAACUAUGGGGAGUAGGCAGGUCGAGAUUAAGGCGAUGGAGCCACCAAAUUUUGGCAAGAAAGGCACCAAUCUACUGGCGCGCCACGGUUUCGAGCCAAGUGAACCGAGAGGUGAGAAUGGUCGCGCGACUCGCAAGACUGGCUCGUUGCAUUUGAAGAACACGCAGACGUCUAGCCACCAGAAGUACUCAAAUGUAAAUAUCCAGUACAAUCCUUGCAUGGAUCCGAAUGCCUACGGACUUAUUACCGGCCAUGGAUUUUCUGACCAACACCAAAGUUACGUGGGCGGAUUCGGGGAAGAAACGGGCGGGCAGAUGCAGCCUGGACGUCUGAUGAACGACCAAUUCCAGUCCGGUGUUUACUCCGUCUCGGGAAAGAUGAACCCCAUGCCGAUCAUCUUCGCCAAUAGUUUCUUUGCUAUGACGCCCACGAUGUACGGAGGGUGUCAGCCGUUGAACCCCGCAACUGCAUAUCCUUACCCCAUCUUGCAACCGCAGAUCUUGCAUCCCGGUUUGCUGCCUGGUAACGAAGAAUUUUGGACCCAUGGCAUUUUCCAACAGCAACAACAGCAGAUGCUUCUAGCUCCACAGACAACAGGAGGUCAGGCAAAGCCCAGUUCAGCCAGUCAAACAAGUCCUUUAACGUCGAGGUGUCGCCAGCAGUUUUGCGGAGGUGUUGAUUCUAACCGGGGAAAUAGACUGCUUCAUGGUGAUAAUCAGACAUUGGCUGGAGCACCUGCAACAAUUCAGCCACAUCGGCCUCCCUUAUCUGGCUCCCUGAACCCACUAGACCAGAAUCUAGGUAUUUGGUGUGUUCCAUCAGCACACUUUUCUAAAACAUGGGUUUCUGGAGCAGACAGUGAACAGAAACCUCUCAGUAGUCUUCUCCAUAACCAAAACGAUUCAUCGGCAUCGAAGCAACAGCCUUCAUCCGACUUGUCAGAGGCUGAAUCCAAGCAAGAAACGAUUUUGGCCAAGCCGUCUGGAGAUAAUUUUGAUCGCGAUGACAAUGUCUCUGACACACACGAUGGUGGUUUAACCGUGAUGAAAGAUGAGACAGAAGUGGUUACUUUGGAGCAGGUGAAGAACGAGCUUUCCACCACGAAUGCUCAACAAUCCUCAUCUAACAGCUGGAUGAUGCAGCGAUUUCAGGCACCACCUUCUACCUGGACCUUUCGGCCGCCGUAUUGGGGUGACGUUCAGUUACCCCCUGGUGGAUUCGGCCUGUCGCCGGGAUUCAUUCUUCAGCCCCACUCACCCACCACCUGGAACACACCUCCGCCUUCUGCAGCCUCGUUUGACCCUACUGCCAUGGAACAUGCUUUAGGGGGCUUUGGCUACGGAUUUCCGGGACUACCUGCCCACGCGAGCCCCGAGCAACAGACCUUUCAAGAAGACGAACCGUCGGGUGAACCACCACCAUCCAUUUUGAGUGGUGGAUUUCCCACAAGUUCCACCUCACUCUCCUCGUCACUUCAACAGCCACCUCCCCCUUCAUCUACUGGAUCUCAACGACGCCAACCAAGUGACUCACUGGAGGUUCCGAGUCUUGUUGGCCUCCAUCAGAAGUCAGCUGCUAGCGGGUGCCGACAGUGCGACAACGUCGGCGACUGCUGGAUCACGCAGCCGCGCUUUCCAUCAGGCACUAACGAGGCAGGUAAAAAGUCCGCGGCUGGUGACCUCAACAAGGGGGUGUCUAGGGGUGGUGGAGGCGGUUUGCUCUCUGGCGAAAGGGAAUCCGUUGCAGCAGGCGACAGUCAUCAACACCGCCCUCAUCAUCACUACAGAAACUUUUGA